AUUCAUUCGGCUUCGCUUUGGCAAAACAAACGCGACUCCCGAAAGGAACAAAAAUCCCCCCUAGCGGCAGAUCCAGAGGCUCGUUGAAGCAGCAGCAGCAGGAGAAGCAGCAGAAGCAGAAGAAGAGUCUGUGUUUGGAUCUGUGGAUUAGGGGGUUGGGCUGCCCGCUGGUAGAAAGAGAACCUGCCGCCAGACUCCCACUUUGUCUCCGGCGGUGCAGCGUUGCUUUCCCGCAGCAGCAUCAGCAGCAGCAGAGACACCGCAGCGCAGCCUCCAGCCUCCAGCCUCACCUGCUCCUCAUCUGUGAGUCUCCUCCGAGUCUGUCAGACACACACACUGCUGCAGCACACAGGGAACGGACGGACAAGGACGACCGGCUGAGCAGUCUUCAGGGAAAUAAGGGACUAUAUUAAAGGUCGGUGAAGAUGGUGAAACUGGGGAGUAAUCUUCAGGACAAAGGGGCCAAACCUGUGAGUGUGGAGGAUGGCUUUCAGAACGUGCCCCUCAUAACUCCUCUGGAUGUUGGCAGCCUGCAGAGUCAAGCACCUGACAAGGUCGUGGUGAAGACUCGCACGGAGUACCAGACAGAGAAAAAGAGGCUGAAGGUGCCCAAGGUGGAGGAGUUCACCAUCAGCUUCACUGACGGCGUGUCUGAGAGACUGAAGGUGACGAUUCUGAUCAUCCUGGCCCUGGCCUUCCUCGCCUGCAUCGUGUUCCUGGUGGUUUAUAAAGCCUUCACCUACGACCACGCCUGCCCAGAUGGAUUCAUCUAUAAGCACAAGCGUUGUAUCCCCGCCUCUCUGGAGGCCUACUACGCCGCCCAGGACGCCAACUCGCGGGGCCGUUUCUACACAGUGAUCAGCCACUACAGCAUGGCCAAGCAGACCACCUCGCACUCUGUCUCCCCCUGGCUGCCGGGAGGAGCGGCGGGGCAGCAGCAGCAGCCGCAUGACCCCAAACCCCCGAGCGGCGAGGGCCACUGAGUUAGCUGAGUGGUUAAAACACAAACCAACACUUGCAGACAUAGAAAUACAUAGACAAAGACACAGGCGAGUUUCAAAAAACGCAGACACACACGAAUAAUGUAGGUUCAAAAAAAGUAGAAAAAUAGACAAAAGAGACACAAAUGAGUUCAUAUAUAACAAACACAUGAAGUGAGAACAUGCAUGCAGACAUGAAACCACACAAAGCACAUCGACCGCUCAUUUAGUGCUCAUCCUCUCAGCAAGGGGACGCUCCUGUUCAACCUUUGCUGUCAUGUGAUCAUCGUCAGCUGAUACACACACACACACACACACACACAUCACACAGUCUGCUGUCCUGUUACCAUGUCUACUCUCUCUCUACUACUUUCUAACUUAUUAUUUAACGACUGUCAUGAUACAUUUAUUUUUUAACUGUGGCGUAUCGACCAUUUUUACGUGAUAAUCAGGCGUCUGAUCAUCUGUACAUAGACACCAGUCAGUGCUGAGAUUCAUUCUUGUGAGCUUGGAGUUUUUUAGGUGUGUAUACUGUAGUUACUGUUCAUCCAUUCACAGCUCCUUUGCUUUCUUCUUCUUCUUCAACCUCAGGCACUUCAGUCAAAUCCCACACACACACACACACGCAAACACAAAUACAUGACCCGGUAUUGCAGCUACACAUCUCUGACCCUGAAUAAUUAAUUUAGAGGCUUUGACGCCAGUGUCCACAUCCUGUGUUGAUUGAAUGAUUUUUUCCCAUCAUGGCUGUUUGAUAGCUCUCAUACGAUGACAUUUCAAUGUGCUGUGCUUUACAUUUUAAACCCUAGACCCCCCCCCCAGUGACCCGAGCUGUACAUACAACCGUGCGAUCAAGCUAGUUUUGUGUGUCUGUAUGCAUUGUAGUAGCUUUUACUCUGAGGUUUUUUCUGUUUCUUGUUUUUUAACAGACAUGCUGUUUACUUUCAUUUUUCGCUUCAGCUGCCAGUCCCGUAGCUCCAUUGAAAGCAACACUGCAGAUUGGAAAGGAAAUACUCUGCAUAAGACGAUGUCUUGCCAAAACAGUUUGUUUUCCGCUGUGUUUUAAUAUGUUUAUUGAUGGGCUUCAGAUGCAGCCAAUUUUUUUUUUGUUAUUCUUCAAUUUGCAAUGUUGGAUCUGUUGUCAAGAGCGCUUUUAUGAGAUGUUGUGAUGUUGUUAGUUGAUAUGUAGCGAUACUUGAUGUAAUUUAUCAGUGUGCAUCCUUGCUCCUCUCUUCUCUUGGUUUGAAUUCAAAAUAAAACAAGCUGUGACCUGUG